GGCGUGAUUUAGCGACGAGAGGGCAGGGGUAGUACCUCGCAGAUGGACGUGGUAGUCGGCCAGCGAGCAGUAUGCAGGCGCCCUGGGGGGUCAUCAACGUCGAGUCGGGCUGGUACCUCUCUUCCCAGCAGCCGGAGGAGGCAGAGGCGGAGGCGGAAGAGUUGAGCCCGUUGCUAAGCAACGAACUUCACAGACAGGGAUCCCUAGGUGUUUCAUAUAUUUUCUCAGUGUUUAAUUUGGUGAAUGCCAUCAUGGGAAGUGGCAUCCUUGGCUUAGCUUAUGUUAUGGCUCAUACUGGUAUCCUUGGAUUUAGUUUCUUGUUGCUGAUAGUUGCUCUCCUGGCUUCUUUCUCAAUUCAUCUCCUGCUUAGUAUGUGUAUUCAGACAGCUGUGACAUCUUAUGAAGAUCUUGGACUCUUUGCAUUUGGAUUACCUGGGAAGGUGGUAGUGGCAGGCACCAUAAUAAUUCAGAAUAUUGGAGCUAUGUCAUCUUAUCUUUUAAUUAUUAAAACAGAGCUUCCUACUGCUAUUUCAGAAUUUUUGUCUGGAGACUAUAGCGGGUCUUGGUAUCUUGAUGGGAAAACAUUACUAAUAGUCAUUUGUGUUGUCAUUGUGUUCCCUCUUGCACUUCUCCCUAAAAUAGGCUUUCUUGGCUACACAAGUAGUUUAUCAUUUUUCUUUAUGGUGUUCUUUGCUCUUGUGGUAAUAAUUAAAAAAUGGUCCAUUCCUUGUCCUCUGACAUUAAAUUGUAUAGCGCAGUACUUCCAGAUUUCAAACGCUACAGAUGAUUGUAAACCAAAGCUCUUUCAUUUCUCCAAAGAGAGUGUUUAUGCUGUACCAACCAUGGCUUUUUCAUUUCUCUGCCAUACCUCGAUAUUGCCCAUAUACUGCGAACUUCAAAGCCCUUCAAAGAAAAGAAUGCAGAAUGUAGCCAAUACAGCAAUUGCUUUAAGUUUUCUCAUUUAUUUUAUAUCGGCACUCUUUGGGUACCUCACUUUUUAUAACAAAGUGGCGUCUGAUACACUCCAAGAUUAUAGUAAAUACUUGCCACAUGAUGUUGUUGUCAGGACUGUGAAGCUAUGCUUACUGUUUGCUGUGCUUUUGACAGUCCCUCUAAUCCACUUCCCUGCAAGGAAAGCUUUAAUGAUGAUGUUUUUCUCCAAUAUUUCCUUUUCGUGGAUUCACCAUUUUUUGAUUACUCUAGCACUCAAUAUUAUCAUUGUUUUAUUUGCAAUAUAUGUUCCUGAUAUUAGGAAUGUAUUUGAUGUAGUUGGUUCCAGUACAGCAACAUGUUUGAUUUUUGUAUUCCCAGGACUAUUUUAUCUUAAACUUAGCAGAGAGGAUUUUCUGUCAUGGAAAAAGCUUGGGGCUUUUGUUUUGCUUAUCCUCGGAGUUUUGGUUGGGAAUUUUAGGUUAGCACUCCUCAUUUUUAACUGGAUUAAUAAUAAGUGAAAGAUAUGUUUUUCCCAUUUCUUAUGAAGAAUAAUUUACCUUCAUAUGCAAAAAGGUAUAAUUUGGAAGGCACCUUGGAUGAAUCCUCUCUAUAUGGAUUAACAUUUUUUGUAAACAUUAACAGAAAAGUGGAACAAAA